AUGGCAACUGGGAAGCUUCAAAUCUAUCAACACGGAAUCUUAGCAACUUUCCCUCCCGGAUCGUCACCGCCACCUAGCCAGCCCUGGCUGGUUGCACGAGUAGAUCUUUUUCGGGGCCGAGAAACCCAGAUAUUUCUGUACUCUAGCCUCGAGGCCGAACAUACAUCACCUCCGGCAGUAUUUUCUCUCCCUACUGAUCCUGCGCAUGAAGCAACCAAAUCGCGCGGAACAGGAUUUAGCGGCCCAGACUCCAUCAACACGAAUCUCGUUGCGUCGUUCCUGACAGCUAGCCCGGAGCACCUAGACGUCACCCGAGAGCAACUCUUAAAUAUACUGUUAUAUGUCAAGGCCAACCUACUACCAGAGUACCUGACAUCACUAUCCGCAAUCGGAGCCAAAUCACCACCAAUUUCCAACAACGACGCGUUUACUCUAGACCCGAAGGCCUUUUUGAUCGGGUCACUACAUACGGGCCUGUUCACGCUUCUUCUAUGCUCAAAGACGUUCGCCUAUCCACUGAUCGACGCAGACGUGGAUCUAGACCCCUAUCGCGGUAUAAAGAUUCAUCGAUUCGAUGGUCGGCCCUACCUGAAAUAUUUCUUUCAACAGUCCCGCCUCGACUUCGUCCUUGCUGGGGGUGAGGUUCCUUUGCCAAAGGGCCAUCGGUAUUGUGAUAGACGCGGGAGACUCGGUGUCCUCGCCUCGCAGCUGGGCCUUGUCCAGAGCCGUACGUAUAUUCCACGGUCAAAAGCGCAAUUGUCGAGUAUCCCGAGCGUGGUGAUAUACCACGACUCGAGGGAAGAAGAAAAUACGCAUGGCGGCUCAGACUCUACAUAUGCUGCUUGCGAGGAGAAGGAUGAAAUGCCCAUCGCGUGGGCUUUCCUCGGCCUAGAUGGCGCUCUAGCGACGCUGCAUGUUGAGCCUGGCCACCGGGGCAAGGGACUUGCUUCUUGCUUAUCGAUGGAAACUAUGCGUCGGGGAAUGCAUCCGGAUGGGAUGUUUGGGGGCAAAGGGGAAGAUGAAAUGGCGCGGAAGCAACUGACAGAGUGGGUUCAUGCGGAUGUGGCUCAGUAUAAUCUGGCUAGUCGGAGGGUGAUGGAGAAGGUUGGGGGUGAGGUAGCGUCAACUGUGAUGUGGACUGUGAUAGAAGUCUGUGAUUAG